UCUGAUGCAGUUGCUGUACCAGCACAGAAGGUAGGGGGCGACAAUCUAGCUACGUAUCCUGUUCCCAAUAUUCAAGCCUUGACAUUGCGAAGAUGGGCGCUGUUAUGGUCUAGUCCAGAUUACAUAGCACAAACAACUGCGGGUUUCAGAGCUCUGUUAUGACAACAGUUCCACUUCGUUCAGGUGGAGGCAGGAGGUGUGAGUAGAGUGCAGUAGACAUCAGCAGCAUGUAUUCUGAGUGGCGCUCGCUGCAGUUGGUGGUGCAGAGUGACCAGGGCCACCUCAGUGUUCUGCACACCUAUCCCACUAGCGUGGGCACGGAGGUGGCAAAUGCUGUAGUCAAGCCUUUGGGCACAGCUGUAAGCCCUGUCGCCACUGAGAACAUCCUCAAGACAGACAAGGAGGUGAAAUGGACCAUGGAGGUGCUGUGUUAUGGCCUCACCCUCCCCCUUGAGGGGGACACUGUCAAGCUGUGUGUGGAUGUGUACACAGACUGGAUGAUGGCCCUGGUGUCACCCAGGGACUCAAUGCCUCAGCCUGUGGUCAAGGAACCCAAUAUGUACGUCCAGACCAUCCUCAAACAUCUGUACAACGUCUUUGUACCAAGGCCUGACCACCACAGUCUGAACCACAUCAGGCUUUGCCAGCAGGUUCUGACUGCAGUCCAGAAAUUGGCACGAGAGUCUGUUUCCAUGGUGAGGGAAACCUGGGAGGUGCUGUUGCUCUUUCUUCUUCGCAUCAAUGACACAUUACUUGCUGCGCCCACAGUUGGAGUUGGGGUGGCAGAGAAACUUGCAGAGAAGUUAAUGGCAGUGCUGUUUGAGGUUUGGCUACUGGCAUGUGCCCGCUGCUUUCCCACGCCACCAUAUUGGAAAACAGCAAGGGAGAUGCUGGCUAACUGGAGACACCACCCUCCUGUUGUAGAGCAGUGGAGCAGAGUGGCCUGUGCCCUGACCUCCAGGCUCUUGCGUUUUACCCACGGACCGUCUUUCCCACCUUUUAAAGUUCCUGAUGAAGAUGCCAGCCUGAUUCCUUUAGAGAUGGACAAUGACUGUGUGGCACAGACGUGGUACCGCUUUCUCCACAUGCUUAGCAACCCAGUUGACCUGAGCAACCCUGCAAUAGUGAGCACCACUCCGAAGUUUCAGGAACAGUUUCUUAACUCCAGCACUAUCCCUCAUGAGGUGGUGCUGCAUCCAUGUUUGAAACAGCUACCCCAAAUCUUCUUCAGGGCCAUGCGGGGCAUCAGCUGCUUAGUGGAUGCCUUCUUAGGUGUCUCUGUUGAAAAGAGAGAUGUACGGGAGAAGGUGGUCUCUUUUUGUCAAGUGCGGCCCUCUCAUGGUAUUUCACGUCCCAGAGCUGACAGUGCCCCGCCCACCCCAGUCAACAGAAUGAGCAUGUCUCCACCCCCCUCCAUCACCAACACCACCCCCCCUCACAGCCGCAAGCAACGGCAUACAGUGGUCACCAAAACAACAAGCAAGAGUUCAACUAGCAGUGGUAUUCAACCAACCAAAGCAUCCCAGCAGCAACAGCAGCAGCAACAAACUUCAUCCUCCCCGACCCUGCUUUCCAGCCCCAACCAGAGCAGUUGGGAGACUCGGCCCUUGCCGGCCCCAGCGCGGCCAAAGGUCAACAGCAUCCUCAAUCUAUUCGGCCAGUGGCUGUUCGACGCUGCACUGGUCCAUUGUAAGCUCCACAGCGGCCUCAGCCGAGACCCCAGCAUGACCGCAAUAGCCACUCAAGUAGGUCUGGAGCUAAGGAGGAAGGGAUCCCAAAUGUCCACUGACUCCAUGGUGUCCAACCCCAUGUUUGACGCCAACGAGUUCCCAGAGAGUUACGAGGCAGGACGAGCUGAGGCCUGCGGGACUCUCUGCCGCAUCUACUGUAGCAAGAAAACUGGAGAAGAUAUUUUGCCUGUAUACCUGUCCAGGUUCUACAUGGUCCUGAUUCAGGGUCUCCAGAUCUCUGAUUUUAUCUGCAGACCAGUUCUGGCUUCUAUCAUUCUCAACUCGUCCUCUCUCUUCUGUACUGACCUAAAGGGAAUCAAUGUGGUGGUGCCCUACUUCAUAGCUGCCCUGGAGACUAUUGUACCAGACAGGGAGCUGUCCAAAUUCAAGAUGUAUGUUAAUCCUACCGAUCUGAGGAGAGCCUCUAUAAACAUCCUGCUUGCCAUGCUGUCAUUGCCACAUCAUUUUGGCAACAUCAAAUCAGAGGUUCUAUUGGAAGGAAAGUUCAAUGAGGAGGAUGGGUGGCCUCAUGACCAGCCUGUGUCUUUCCUGUCCCUGAGGCUACGUCUUGUCAAUGUCCUCAUAGGAGCACUUCAGACUGAGACUGACACCACCAACACACAGCUCAUCCUGGGUGCAAUGCUAAAUAUUGUUCAAGACUCGGCACUGUUGGAGUCCAUAGGUGCACAGACUGAAACAGGGAGUGUUGAUGGGAGCCACAUGACUGUGAGAAGUCAAAGUCACAGCCGUACUAACAGUGGCAUUAGUUUCACCAGUGGGGGAAGCACGGAGGCCACCAGCCCAGACUCUGAGCGUCCUGCCCAGGCCCUGCUUCGAGACUACGCUCUUCCAGAUACGGCGGCAGGCCUGCUGGUGCGCAGCAUUCACCUGGUCACUCAGAGACUCAACUCCCAGUGGAGGCAAGACAUGAGCAUUUCACUGGCUGCCUUGGAGCUGCUGGCUGGGCUCGCCAAGGUAAAGGUAAAGGUGGGAGUGGACUCUUCAGACCGUAAACGUGCUGUCAGCUCUAUAUGUGGGUACAUCGUGUACCAGUGUAGCCGUCCUGCUCCUCUUCAGUCCCGAGACCUCCACUCCAUGAUUGUAGCUGCCUUCCAGUUUCUCUGUGUGUGGCUCACAGAACACCCUGACAUGCUGGAUGAGAAGGAUUGUUUGGUAGAGGUGUUGGAGAUUGUAGAGCUGGGAAUCUCUGGCAGCAAGUCCCGACAGGAACAGGAAGUCCGACACAAAGGGGAGAAGGAGCACAACCCAGCUUCAAUGAGGGUUAAGGACGCUGCUGAGGCAACUUUGUCCUGUAUCAUGCAGGUGUUGGGGGCCUUCCCUUCUCCCAGCGGGCCUGCCUCCACCUGCAGCCUGCUGAAUGAAGACACCCUGAUUCGGUUUGCCAGACUCGGUGCCACAGGAGCCAGCAACUUCCGCUACUUUGUCCUGGACAACUCAGUCAUCCUCGCCAUGCUGGAGCAACCUCUCGGCAAUGAGCAGAACCCUAGUCCAUCAGUGACCGUCUUGAUACGCGGGACGGCUGGCAGACAUGCCUGGACCAUGCAGCUUUUCCACCAGCCCAGAGGAGCUUGGGCCAAUCAGAGGCAGGUGUUUGUUCCAGAGGGCCGUCCAACACCCAACAAUGGGGUGGGUAUCAAGUACAACGUCAAGCAGAGGCCCUUCCCUGAAGAGGUGGAUAAGAUACCUCUUGUCAAAGCUGAUGUCAGUAUUCCUGACUUGGAUGACAUUGUCAGUAAAGAGGUGUGUUGUAUGGGCUGGCAGGAGGAUUCGAGAGCCACAAAUGCACUGAUGAGUAAUUUCCCCAACCUGGAACUUCAGCAUGACAAGCUUCGUAUUCUGAUGACCAAGCAGAUAGAGUAUGAGAACGCCUUGGAGCGGCACAGUGAGGAGCUCUGGAAGUCCAAGCUUUACCCUGAUCCACGGACCGACUGCAAACCCCCUCCACCCGCGCAGGAGUUCCAGACAGCACGCCUCUUCCUCUCCCACUUUGGCUUUCUGUCUCUGGAGGCGCUCAAGGAGCCCAACAACAGCCGUCUACCUCCUCAUCUGAUUGGCCUGGAGUCAUCCUUGCCAGGGUUUUUUGAUGACAUAAGCUACCUGGACCUGCUUCCCUGCCGACCAUUUGACACUGUCUUUAUUUUCUAUGUGAGGGCUGGACAGAAAAGCAGCCCUGAGAUCCUGAGGAAUGUGGAGUCAUCGUCCAGUGUCCAGCCCCACUUCUUGGAGUUCCUGAUGUCCUUGGGCUGGCCUGUGGACGUGGGACGCCACCCAGGGUGGACAGGACACCUGGAUACCAGCUGGACCCUCAACUCGUGCUCCGACAGCAAUGAUAUACAACAAACAGAGGACGCAGCUACUCCGGAGGACACAGGAGGUUCAGUGUUCAACGGGGAGAAGAAAGUUUUAUACUAUGCUGAUGCUCUAACAGAGAUUGCCUUUGUUGUUCCAUCUUUAACAGAAAAUUCUGAGGAGUCAUCAGUGCACAGUGACUCCACAGUGGAGGCUGACGCUAACACAGACGUCAUGCCUGGUUUACACAAACAACCCAAUCUCACACUGGAGCUGUUCCCCAACCAUUCUGAAAACUUGGAAUCUGCCAAAAAGCUAAGUCCUUUGGUAAAGACGAAGAGAUCAUCAACUGGAAAGUCUUUCCCAGCAUUGGGUCCUGAGACAAAGGUGUUUGUGGUCUGGGUGGAGCGCUUUGACGAUAUCGAGAACUUCCCAUUGUCUGAUCUCUUGGCGGAAACCAGCACGGGGUUGGAAGCUAGCAUGAGCAACAGCACUUCCUGCAGGUCAGGGUUACUAGAAAAGGACGUUCCUCUGAUCUUCAUACACCCUCUGAAGACGGGACUCUUCAGAAUCCGGCUGCAUGGAGCUGUGGGUAAAUUUGGCAUGGUGAAUCCCCUGGUGGACGGCAUGGUGGUCAGCCGCAGAGCUCUAGGGUUUCUUGUGCGCCAAACGGUCAUCAACGUGUGCCGAAGGAAGCGUCUGGAAAGUGACUUGUACAACCCGCCUCACGUGAGACGGAAGCAGAAAAUAACUGAGAUUGUCCAGCGUUACCGCAACAAGCAACUGGAGCCUGAGUUUUACACCUCGCUCUUCCACGAGGUGGGGGAGGGAAAGCUUCACCUCUAACACCCCCUACCCUGUCCUAACACUGACUCACAAGCGCGCACACACACACACACGCACACGCACACACACACACACACACACACACACACACACACAC